AUGCCCGAUAGUUAUACUGCUGUUAACUAUUCUGGACAGGAUAUAGAUAUAAAUAGUAACAGAUUCUCAUGGAGUCAAAUUCCAUUUGAUACGGCGAAGCUUGCUACUCCGGCAAGUUUAAAAAAAUGUAAGCUUUGGUAA